UUCAACACCGUCGACUUCCUUCCCCCGUUUUUUUAUUCAACAUGGAAUCUCCCCUUUCCUUAUGUAGUUUGCGUUUCCCUUUGGAGUCUUUGAGUAUCCCUUAUUGAGUUUCCCCUUAUUGUGUUUCCCUUUGGAGGUCUUCUUCAACGCAGAGUUCCCUUAGAGUUUUCAAUACUCCAACCUUGGAGUAUCCCUUCUUCUAUUUGGAGUUUCCCUUAAUCUCAAAGUUAGUUUACACUUUCCGAUUUCGUCUCUCCCCUUCCUCUUCUAGUUGGGUACAAACACAAAGUUUGAGUUUUCCCUUAAUCCCAAAGGUUUAAAGUUUUCGUUCUUUUGAGAAUAAAUAGGUCAGGUUCUGAUCGAAGAUAGACAAGAAAGGGGUUCAGCAUCAUCCUCAUUCAUCUGCUCGAUUGAUAUACGUCAACUGAGUUAAUUGGAGGGAACAACACAUGGUUUUUAUUGAAGGAAUAAUCUGCUCCAUUCGUUUCACUUGAACGGCACAGCAAAGAAAACACGAAAUGCUAUUUGUUGACUAGCCAUCAAGGAUGUUUGCCUUUGUAGCAGAAGCAACUAUUAUAAGUACCAACCCAUCAAAAACUGUAGGUGGUAUCCGACUUGGUCCAGGAUGGGUUGAGGUUGUGAUUGACAUUCCUAUCAUUAAUGAUGCACCUCUAGUACGUCCACAUGGACGUUACAGAACAAUUGGAAGUGCUGUUGGUGUACCAAUUGCUUGGUUUUAUGGAUUUAUUGAAACAAUUUGUUAAGCAGAUUUACAUUGGGAGCAUGGGAUGUCUUUGCAUCACUCGUUAUCUUUUGAAUCACCCCUUGUCUUGCAAGAGGACAAUUGGAUUUUUUUAUUGAAUAAUUUAUUUAAGAUGCUUAUAAUAAAUCAUUUUUUUACAUUAAAUGAUUUUGUUCACACUUCCACCUUUUAUUUUGAUUGGUAAAGUGCUUAUUUCCUUUGAAUACCAUAUAUUAUGCUGGUUAUUAGAAAAAGAAGGCUUGAUGGAGAACUUCUAUGGGAAUCAGUUAGGACUUGUUUAUGGAGUCAGUUCAGUUCCAUAUCUUGUGCCUGUACAAGAUAUGCAGUUGGAGCAAUCGAUGGACGUGCUGCAUUAAUUAGCAUGUCUAGAUCCUUCUGAGGAGAAUGCGAAGGGGUAGAAUGGGGAAGAAUGAUCUUUCAAGAGUAUCACAGGAGCUUGCUUACUUGGCAAGUGAUGCUGACCUAGUUAUCUUGGAAGGGAUGGUAAAUUAUCAAAUCUCAUGACUCAAACCUGCCUUUUCGUUAGUUUGAGAUUUUACGCUUUCACCAAGCUGGAAAGACAAUACAUAUUAACAACAUUUGAUGGUUAAUAGUUCUUAGAAUGCAUUGUGUAAAGCCUAUGAGGAAUUGGGUCAUUCCUUUGGUAGAUCAACCAAUUAGUUGCCAAGGACUUAGGACAGUCUCUGGACCAGUCCAAAAUGGUCCAAAAUAUUCAUUGGACUGGAUUGGACCAGGUCCAUUUGUAAUGGACUCACAUUGGACUGCACCGGAUUGGACCAAAUUCAGUCCAAUUGGCACCCCUAAUUGGAUAUAAGCACAACAGAGAUUAAGCUAAGCUUAGCUUCUACAGACUAUUGACACUUGUAUCCAAGUGACCUGUGAUUCUUAUUAUCAUGUCUGGAGGAGGCAUGGAUAUCUCAUUUGCCAAAGCCAACAACAAAAUUAUGAGUAUUCUCUGGGUUGGUUACCCUGGCGAAGCUGGAGGGGCUGCUUUAGCUGAUGUUAUCUUCAGCUAUUACAAUCCAAGUGGAAAACUACCCAUGACAUGGUACCCACAAGCAUUUGCAGACAAGGACUCUUAGCAUAAACCCUCUGCUGCACCAAUAAUUCCCUCCCAUUUGCAAUUCUGUAAGAUGGUUCAGACCUCCUAAAGUAUCCGGUAUCCCUCCAUUCAUUCUGUUAUCAGAUAGCUUCAGCAGUUCUAUAUUCACUAGAUUGCCAAGUUCCACUGGUACGUAGCCUGUGAAGUGGUUUAUGCUAAGGUCAAGCCUCUGGAGCUUUGUACAGUUUCCCAACUCAUGAGGGAUACUACCAGAUAGUUGGUUAGAAGAAAUAUUUAAGAUCACAAGCUGUGCAGUGAUCUUAAGCUUUGUCACUGAUCACAAGCUAUGCAGUAAUCACAAGCUGUGCAGUGAUAUCUUAAGUUUCUAGUGAAAGCAUUGUCAUUCAAAGCAAGCAACUCCAGGCUACUGCAGUUCCCAAGCUCAGGAGGAAUCUCCCCAGAUAAAUGGUUCUGCCAAAGAAUCAAUGUAGUUAGAUUCUUAAGCUUUUGGAUCUCCCUGGGAAUAGAACAAUAAAAACAUGUGCCAAAUAGAUCAGGGAAUUUCAAACGGACAGUUUUAUUACUACAAGGCAUAACUGGGAUUUGUCAUAUUACACUAUGCACUCCAUCACUUGUAUGAGAUGACCAUUGGAUUUAGAUUGAACAUUUGUCCAUGUCAGUUUGGACCUAGGUUGCUGAUACAUUCAAACAAACAUUUUCAUUUAUAAUAUGCUCAGGGUUAGUACCAUUGGGUUGCUUGUGUUAAUGAUAACAUUGCCUUUCUAUUUAUGCCAUUUUGUAAUUUUUUGUCAUGUUACAGAGAUAUGACAUUGUCAAUGGUGUGGUUGAAGUAGAAGGUGUUACAAACGAAGCUGCAACAGAUCAAGAAGAGGACAAAGGUGCAGAAGAGAAGGGAGUUCCUAAUUUCUGGCUCACUGCUAUGAAGACCAAUGAAAUUCUAGCAGAGGUGGUAAGGGAACAUGAUCUACAAAUUUUCCUUGUUGGUUGUUUCUAAAGUGAUUGACUUUUUGCAUAAAGGCAUAUGAAUUUUUGCACCAAUCCAUGUGAAUUUCUUGAAUGGGUUCCUUCCUUUCUGGUCCUCAAUCUCAGCUAACCUAUGGUAAUCCAUAAGCAUCAGGAGUGAUAGGUUCUAUAAGUUUGAGAGAUUUGGUAAUUUUUGCAUUUCUGUGCAACCACUUGCAUACAUUCUUUCCAGACUUGAUGGAAGCUCUGGUAUUGAUUUAAGUUUUUUACAGUCUUGUAGUGCAAGUUCCUUGAGUUGAGAAAGGCCAUGGAAGUGCUUUAAGCCUUGUGCAGUCACCCAUCCAGAGGUUCUUGAGCUUAGAAGUUCUGGCCAGCAGUUCAGUUAUGCACACGACCAUAAUCCAAGCCUGGGUCUCAGACCGAUUGAAAGGGUUAAAAAAUAAAAGCAAUUUAGAUAAAUUGUUAUACUGAGGUUUAUUACAUCUGAUACUUGGAUUUUAACUUAGUAUAAUAGUGGAAUACCUAAACUUGUAGAGGAUAAACUGACCUGAAGCCAUCUAACUUGUAAGGGAUCAUUUAGCUAAUAAGUUGGGCUGAACUCUUGGUCUCACCUGCAAGCUGAUGCUAGUGUAGCUCUUUGAUAGCCUUACUGGUUGCAACGUUGAGAUUGAACAUAAUGCACAGUUUAAUGCAAUUACCCUAUGUAAUUUUGUACUUCUAAAAUGCUCUUGAAAGUUCUAAUAACUGAUAUUACCACCAUGAGGUGGCAUUUUUCUUUCUCCCUAAAGUUGAGCAGUUAUGUAGGUCGUGCUUAAUCAUUUAGUUAUAGCAAAUUGCUGAAGUUCCUCAAUUCAGAUGGUAUAAGUCCCAUGUGCGUUUUGGAUUUCAUCUUAUGCCUUUCUUCUCAUUCUUUUGUCUUUUUUGAUUCACUUUCUUCCUUUGGAUGUAGCGGCUGUUGGGCCUGUUUCCUAAUGGUUUUUGGGUUCAAUUUUGCUAGACAUUGUCCAGACCAUUAUUGAUCCUCUCAAUUGCAAUUGUUUUUUCUGAUCAAUCAGAGUGCAAUAAAGAAACCUCAGAGGAGACCACUAGUUGUCAACAAUAUUUGGAACCACAAUCAGAAGAGUCAACUCUUGAUACAAGAUACAGUGGAUGAGUGAACAUUUCAAUGCCUAACUUGAUACAAAGUCAAACUUAAUUUUAACAUUUUAGGCUUCUUGUAUACAAGUUCUAAAUUUUAUUUUUUAAGUACAUAUAUGUUAAAUCAAUGUUUAUUGAGUGUCCCAAAGUGUGGUGUGUUCUAGAAUACAAGAUUUUGGUCUUCAUUGUUGAUUAAUUACAUGUAACGAUAAUGGAUGUCCCUUAUCCUUGGUGUGGAUCUGAUUCUUCUAGAUAAGGUGGGCUGUUUAAUCACAAACCAAACCCAAUUUAGUCUCCUAAAUCAAUUAAAAACUCAGCCUGAAUGCUUCAAGAGUUACCUCUUGGAUAGUAGUCUCAAAACAAAAUACAUACAUAUAGUUUCCCAGCACUCAGUAUGGGGUUAUUAACUAGUAUGAGCAGUAUUUCUCAAGGCAAAAAUAAUUCUAUGCAUUCAUUUUUAUUAGAAACCCAAUUCAUUUCUAUGCAUUCAUUUUUAAGCAAAGUAGCUUAAAAAUCACAGAGAUGGAUAAAGUGAAUAAAGCCCUUGAACAGGACAUUCAAUUAUUAAAAGAAGUUUCCUGCUUGAGCCAAAGUGAGCUUGAUGAGGCCCUCAAAGAUAAGGAAAGAUUUUUGGCACAGGUUCAAAUGCUUGAGAUUGAAAAGAAAAGACUUCAUGAAGAUAUGAACACAAAGGAAGCAGUCUUGAUUUCUUCUUCUGAUCAUAUUUCGGUCCUUAAAAUCCAAAAUCAGAAGUUGCAGAAUGAUACAAGCUUGCUGGACUCUUCUGUUUGCAGGCUGCACGCUGAAAUUGACCAAGAAAAACACAGAUUGCAAGACAGAAUUUCUUCCCUGGAAGCAUGCAUUUCUAGCCUGCAGACUGAUCUGGAGAUUAGAAAUGCAGAAGUGGAGAGGCUUGAGCAUUCUGUCUGUCUCUGUGGAGGAACUUAGAUCCAAUAGACAGGAUUUAGAGUUCCAAAUUGACAAGGGAACAAAAUAUGUGAAGUACUGGAGGAGAAAAUUUUGACAUUAUUAAAUAGAAUGUUUCAGGAGAUAUCUGAAAAUGAAGAAAGGGUCUUUAAGGUCAUAGUAGAGUCGGAGCACUUGGAGCAUUUUGCUCAAGAGCUGAUCUCUGAAAAUUUGUCUCUCCAAGAUGAGUUACUGAGGAAAGAAGAUGUUUUGAAAGGUCUGCUGUUUGAUCUUAGCUUGAUGCAAGAUUCAGCAUCCAAUGCCAAGGACCAAAAAUUAAGAUGAACUUGAGGAAAUGGUUGCUGCAUUGGAGUCAUUAGAAGAAGAACUUGCAGCUAAAUCAGUCGAGCUUGAUGAGGCUGUUCCCCAUGGUCAAAUGCUUGAAGGUCAUUUGCAAGGGAAAAUCAACAUGAUAUCUUCCCUUGAGUUAGAUAUCUCAAAAGAGUGUGAGUCACUAAAGCUUCUAUCAAAUCAAAAUCUUGAACUGAAAGUUCAUGUGGAAGAUCUUUUAAUAGAAAAAACUUCUACUGAAGAGGAGUUAAUAGAGAGAAGAAGAGUGACUGAAAGGUUAAAAGAGGAAGUCCUUGAAAUGGGUAAUGCCUUGGGAGAAAUGAAUAAUUUCAUUGAGUCCUUGAAGAAUGACUUGGAUAAAGUAUCUACAGAGAGGAAUAACCUUUACUCCGAGGUUCUUACAUUGAAAGAAAAAGUAGAAACUGUGCAGGCUCUGGCUGAAGAAAAUGAAGCUAUUGCCAUGGAAGCUCAACAGAUGGCUGAGUCAAGAAAAAUUUAUGCCAAAGAAAAGGAAGAGGAGGUGAAGCUGUUAGAGAGGUCUGUUGAAGAGUUGGAAUGUACUGUGAAUGUAUUGGAAAACAAGGUUGACAUUGUCAAAGGGGAGGCUGAAAAGCAACGGUUGCAGACGGAAGAUCUAGAAAUGGAGCUUCAAUCUUUGAGGCAUCAGAUGCUUACAGUACAUAAUUCUAGCAUUAUGAUGAGUUCAGAUACUCAAAAUGUUUCAAAUGUUGAUCUCCUAAGGAAGCUAGAAGAAAAAGAGAUUGACAUGCAAGAAGCCCAAAAACAAAUAAAGAUUCUUGAGAAGAAUGUUGCUGAGAAGGAGGCAGAGAUUUCACAGUGCAUAGCACAUAUUUCAGAGUUGAAUUUGCAAGCAGAGGCACAGGCACGUUAGUAUAAGCAGAAGGAGUCAUGGGCCUUCUCUCUUGGUGGAAGGGCAAAGAGGCUCCCGAGAUAAAGCAGAUCCAAAACCUAAAAAGUCGGCUGAGAAGUCAAGAAACAUUGGGCAUGAACAAAGCCACGGAAGUUCCUCAACCAUGUGAAGUAAUAGUGUUUGAAUUUGUGACAGCUGCAGCUUCGGCUAAUAAGGUGAUGCUUGCAGGGUAUUGCCCAGUUUCAAAUGAACUUAGGCCGUGCCAUUUGGAAAUCUUGCUUGCUACAGGUUCUGACGCUCUGCAUUUUUAGCAGGAGGAUAACCUUGCCACACCAACACAACGGAUGAAACUGAAUUUUUUGCAAAUGACUGAUGAAGCAACUAUGACAGAACAAAUGCCAAUAGCUCAUGUCCAUGUUGUUUACAUUUUUUUCAGGUACAACUAGGGGCUCAUGUCACUACCACAUCUAUCCAAGUGGCCAACUUAAGGGGUGUUCGUCAACAUGAUUGGUUUUGUUUUGUUUUGUUUUGUUUUUUGGUUCUUAGAAAGUUGAUGAUUGGAGUACUUUUUUAUUGUUUAAUUUAAUCAUCAUGGAACAAUAUUUAUAGGUAUAUAUUUUUGAAUGGAG